AACAGACUGCAUACUGUUGGUAAGUGCAGAAUGUUAGGGUUAGCUGAUGUUAUGCAUGUGGCUUACGUCUCAUUUUCUUAUGCAGGGUUCUCCCUAGCUCAGAGAACAAAACUAAGUCACUGAGAAGUGACAGGAUGGCCACCAGGGAUUUGGUAGCUGGAAUGAUGAUUUUAACACAGACUACAGUUGGAGUCUUGGGGAAUUUCUCUCUGCUUUACCAUUAUGGUUUCCUUUAUUUCACUGGUUACAGGCUGAGGCCCACAGAUUUGAUUAUCAACAACCUGAUUGUUGCCAAUUUCUUAGUUCUGUUCUCUAAUGGAAUCGUCUUUACAUUGACAUAUUUUAUGUUGUAUAACCAUUUCAGUGAUUUUGAAUGCAAAUUUUUUCACUAUUUUUGUGCAGUGGGCAGGGGUGUGUCUAUUGGCACCACCUGCCUCUUGAGCAUCUUUCAGGCCAUCACCAUCAGCCCCAUGAACUCCAGGUGGGCAGAGUUUAAACAUAAGGCUCCAAAGUACAUUGUCCCCGCAAUUUUUCUGUAUUGGAUCCUGCAAAUGUUGGUAAAUGUUACUUAUUUAAUGUUUAUGUCUAGCAAUUUAAGCAACAAAAACAUCACACACAGAAAAGGUUUUGGACACUGUUCUGCUGUUCGUCAUGACAAACUCUCAGAUUCAUUGUAUGCAGCAUUGACAGUGUCUUCUGAUGUUGUAUGUUCCAUGCUCAUGCUCUGGGCCAACAGCUUCAUGGUCGUCAUUCUGUACAGACACAAGCAGAGGGUCCGACACAUUCCCCGGGCCCACAUCACCUCCCAGUCAUCCCCUGGGUCCAGAGCUACCAAAACCAUCAUUCUCCUAGUGAGCACCUUUAUCUUUUUUAACAUUCUCACCUGCAUCUUUCAUAUUAUUUUAGCUACUUUUAAUAAUCCCAGCAGGAUUAUUUGCAUUUUCAAUUCAGUGUUUUCUCUGUGUUUCCCAGCUGUCAGUCCCUUCCUGCUCAUGAGCCAUGUCUCCAGACUCAGGUUUGCCUGGAUAAGGAAUACAAAAUCCAUUAUACUUAUGAGAAAUAUGUAAAUUAUAGGAAUGUGCACAGUGUUCAUUUAGUAACUCCCUCAUCCUUUUCAGAGUUUUGAGUACCUUUAUGAGUGUCUUACCAGGGAACAGCACAAGGGACAUGGUGACCAUCUUCACUGGGAACAAUAAUUCCUACAAAUGUAAUUACGUAGAAUAUUCUUGUAACAUAAAUACUUAUGUGGUUGAAGUGUGUCUAGUGCUUGCCAUGGAGGAGUUCAGAAUUUAUAAUAAACACCAGGUCCUAAAGUAAUCUGGACUCCUGAAGUGUAAACUUUAGUUCAUCCCAGUACAUUUCUAGAAAUGAGCAAGAAAUGGAAUUGUAAUGAAAGGUACAUAAAUGGAAAUGUGCCUGUCACAGGUCACUCCUGAAGAUGAAGCCAUUGGUGCUGGAGGAAACUGAAGUCCAUGAGGAUAGUUUGUGGGAGCCAGUUAUGAUCUUGCAUAUGAUACCCCUGGAGAGGGGGUGGUCGUUUAUCAGAAAUAUGAUAAUAGAAGUGAUGAGCUUGUUAAUAAUUUGUGGCACAAAGGCUAGACUAACCAGAGUAGAGCAAAGAACAUAAAAUUACAUUUUAGCUGAUUUUAACAACAUGAGGUGAAUGUGACAAUGAUUAAAGAUGUGAAUUGCAUGGAGUCAGUAUCUAUAGAAGGCAGAUGUUUUUCUUUUUUGUGAAGAUGAUCUGGGCAUAUUGGUCAGAAGGUUGGUCUGCAGGUGCAUACUCCUGUCUCUAAAGUGAUGACACUGCUUCAUGGUGAGGACUUUUAGUAAAUGUGGAGCAGCGCAAUGAGAGGCAUUUAAAAGGAAAUCAGGAAUCCAUGUGUAUGUGGAGUUUCUGAAUUGAUUGUGAAGGAGCCAAGUGGAUAUUUUCUCAGUUUCCUGAGAGAUUUUUACAUACUUUUCUCUGUAUUUACAUUGUGAAACUGGUGUACACUUUGAAAAUUCAACAAUUUGAGAAACAGAAGAAUGAUUUUGACCUCAUUCAUAUAUAUGUUGAGCCUUGUACCACAAAUGACACCCAUAAUUUUAGCACACAUGAAACAUGUAAAUUUUUCCAAAGUAAAUAAGAAUUGAAAGUCGGAAUAAAACACAGUCUCACGUAACUAUAAUUUCACGUAACUACAACUGCUUGUGAGUUUCUAGAAAUAUGUAUAUGUAAAUACAUGUAUAUAUAUCUGUGUGUGAUCUGUGCGUGUGCACAUUAUACACAUAUACAACCAGUUUUGUUUGUCAUCCCUUAAUCAGUAUAUUGGAGUUAUGUAUUAUACAAAUUUAAACUAGUAGUAACAUAACAACGUGAACUUUAAAUUUUAUGUUACUGAUGUGUGUAUUGCAGUGCUAGUUCUCAGACUGGCAAAACCCUCUGAAGGUCCUGGGGAAAAAUCUUUUCCAGGACACUGUCCCGGCCUCUCCUUCCUUGGCUUGUGGCAGCGUAACUCCAGUCUUUAUGUGGAGUUCUCCUGUGUGCAUGUGUGCCUCCAAGUCUCCCUUUAAUAACAACACCAGUCCUUUGAAUUAGGCACCCACCCUAGUCCAGACAGUUUCAUGUUAACUAUGUGCAGUGACUCUGUUUCCAUUAAGGACACAUUCUGAAGCACUGGAGGUAAGACUCAACAUGAUAAUUUUGAAGGAGCACAGUUCAAGCCGUAACAGAAGGGCUGUGGUGAUGCCAUAAAAAGAGAUGUAUUUGCCAAAUGUGUUUUUUCAAGAUAAUGAGCAACAAGCCUAGAGAAAAGGAAAAAUAAAAUAAAAUGAAAUAAAUAAAAUAAAACAAAAUAAAGGAAAAUACCUCUCGCGUAAGCACUGAUUUGCUGGUCAUAUGUGUGUCUUCUCUUCCUCCUGAAAUGCCAGGUUUAUGUAACUUGAAAACCUUCACUUCUCUACCCCUCAGACAGUGAGUCAAGAGCAGAAUAUGUUAGAUUUUGUGUGUCUGUUCGUUUGUGUAUAAUCCUACUUCAGAUCCAUUUCAGACUGCAUUAGAAAUACCAUACCAUAUACCUCAGGGAUGAAAAUUGUUACAUCUGGAGGUGAGAAUUGUAGCGGUCAUGGGUAAUUCAUGAAAACUUUGAUUUUAUUUUGUUUAAAUAUUUUGCUCUUAAAUUUGUUCUCAUGUGUAUUACUUUAGUUUUACUGAUGUAUCAAAUUACCACAAAUUUAGUAGCCGAAUGCAACAUGCAUUUUCUUAUAUUUCUUAUGCUGGAAAUCUGGGUGUCUUGAUGGAGUCUUCUGAUUAUGAUAUCACAAGACUACGUCUGCCAGCCUGGAGUUUUUCUUGAAACUGGGGUGAAAAUUGAGAGAACUGUACUUGAACAACAAUCAAAGAAAAAAAGAACCAACUUCCAGGAUUUUUGAAAUUUGGCUAGGAUUUAUUUCCUUCUUAUUU